UUGUCUUAUGUGGGUCACUAUCAUCAUUUAUUAGACUAUUCAGUAUGUCUAAUAAAUGAACAACACUGAUCCAAGCAUCACUAAUGAGUGCUGCGAUUUGUUUUAGACUUCGCAAUAGUAGUUGUAGUAGAACAACGCUUGGCACGCAUGACCAACACCAGAUCACUUUGAAUAUAUCAUUAACCUACAUUCACUACAGCUCACACUGUUAUCUGAAUCCUCAGCGAGAGAUAGAGAGGGAGGCACGAGCCUGAAUACAAAUCGGACUCUCCCCUAGACUCCCUGCACAUGCACAUGCACGCGCACUCGCUGAAGCCGCACUGGAGAGCUGCGCUCGAGGUGAGGGUCUAAUCCGCCUGUGGUUUGCACACAGACCGUGAGCGCAUCUGCGUGCGCUAAUGUGAGGAAACGCUACGCGAGAAAAAUCCUGCGUGGGUGUGUAGAAAGACGGAAGAACGAGGACGAGGAGAGAGUGAAGCUGGAUCGGCGAACAGGAGCUCCAUGGAAAACGCACGCUAUGGACACUGCAUAGGAAUCCAUCGCGACGGCUGCCGGGUGAGAGAAUAAAGUGGGAGUGUGAAAGAAGGAACAGAGCAGAAAGAAGAGGGAUCUACAAUGGCAGUCGAAGAGAAGCCUGCUGCGAAGAGCAGUAGCUCCAUUCUACCAUGUUUCCUAUUUGUGGAGCUGGUGAUCAUGGCAGGCACCGUUCUCCUGGCGUACUACUUCGAAUACACGGACACCUUCCCCGUGCACAUCCAGGGGUUCUUCUGCUUCGACAAGGCGUUCUCCAAACCUUACCCCGGACCGGAGGAGAGGAGUAACGUACCGCCGGUGCUCGUGUACUCUCUGGUAGCCGCUAUUCCCACGAUAACCAUUCUGGCUGGUGAGGUGAUGGUGUUUUUCGGGAGGUCGGAGGGCGUGCAGGAGAAGACCAUAGUCACAGCCGACUGCUGUUACUUCAACCCUCUGCUGAGACGCAUCAUUCGCUUCCUAGGUGUCUAUACCUUCGGCGUGUUUACCACCACCAUCUUUGCCAACGCCGGACAGGUAGUAACAGGAAACCAGACGCCUCACUUCCUGUCAGCGUGCAGACCAAACUACACAGCACUGGGCUGCCAUUCCAACCUCCAGUACAUCACAGAGCGCAAAGCCUGCACGGGAAACCCCCUCCUAGUAGCAUCUGCACGGAAAUCCUUUCCCUCCAAAGAUGCGGCCCUCAGUGUUUAUUCUGCAGUCUAUACAGUAAUGUACGUGACGUUGGUGUUCAGGACUAAAGGGACGCGUCUGACCAAACCCACACUCAGUCUGACUCUGCUGUGUCUGGCCAUGCUGGUGGGUGUGGUCCGAGUGGCUGAAUACCGAAACCACUGGGCCGACGUCCUCGCUGGAUACUUCACCGGCGGAGCCAUCGCUGUCUUUCUGGUGAUGUGUGUGAUCAACAACUUUCAACAGACAAAGCCCCCACCCCCGCCGGUGCGACCCCAGCGCCCUGAGUCUGUCCUGGGCAUGCCCAUGGUGGCGCUGCCCUGCGUAGAGAGUCCACUUGAAAAACUCCAAGGGGAUCUCCAUUCACUGAGAUCACAUGACCAUCAGCCUCAUCGGUUCCCCGUCCCCCCCGAUGUCCUCAUACCGUCUCGCUCCAUUUCCAGCGAAGUGUAGACCAGCCGUCCCAGCACGUGCACCACUGCGCCGCACACUCCGCGGGACGCUCCGCCGCUCUGCACCGCUCCUACUCGACGCAGGUCUAGAUUUCCUCACCUCCAACCCCUCAUCCUCCAUAUUCCUCCAUGCUGACAAUAGGGCCUCCACAAACCACAAGAAACACUUUUAGAGAGCCUGCUCGGAGAUCCCGAACACCUGCAUGAAAGCCAUAAAUCACAGGUAGGCAUCUCUGUCUUGCCAGAGAGUUUGUUUGGACUGUGGGUGGAGGAUUCGCACCUGUUUAGACCUCUCAAAACCAACCCGACCUACUUCCUGGGGAACCGAUGAAGACGUCUUGAUCAGCUUUUGGCUGAAAUUCUGAACUCUGGCUGCAAAUUUUACUGCAGUGUCAGUUUGUAUGUAAAUACAUGCACUGUUUUCUUGGUCUUUUGUUAAAAGCAUGUCUAUUUUGUUCAUUUGGGUUAUUAUAUGUCCUCUUUGUGUUGUUUUGUUUUUCAGACAGAGUUCUUAAAUUGCAUAAAAUGUCCAGGUUUUGGCUUUUACUUUCCUAUUGUUUUCUGGAAAAUGCUUUGACCAAUAGCGUGCAGGUAUUGUACAUAAUCAACCAAUCGUGGCGGGAUCUACAGAGAAUGGUCAAAGCAACGCAAAUACACAUAAAAUAACAUACACGUAUUGUAAAGAGCAAGUCAAUAGGAAAACAAAGCCAAAGUCUGGAAAUUUUUGCCAAUUUAGAAACCAUGGCCUGGACAUAUCUAGGAAAAAGAGAGCGUGUGGUCACCUUAGCACUGAUGGAGUUUCUAAGAUAUGUUUUUAAAAUCCUCACAGUGUACGGUUUUGGCAAAGACAUACGUAAAGUACUAUUGGUUUGUAUUUUGAGUUAUUAUAGCACUUGGGACAUCUCAUCAGCAUCGGCUAUCUGGACGUCCUGUAAGUGCACAUCAACCUCGUUCUUGAUACCAGCUCUAAUAAUAAUGUUUGGAUGCAUCAUAAGGAAUUGACAGACCGAAUGACAGACAACCACGGCAUUGUUUUGUAAUAUUUAAUAUCCGGUUUGUGCUCGCAAGGAUUUCUUCACCAGCUAGAUGUAAUGCACAGUCUGACAUGAAGGCUUUUUCAUUACUGUCACCACAGGUACAACACAAGGCUUUCAGACAGGAGACAUUCUUACAGUUUGUCAUCAAUGUUCAAACUAAAUUCAGUACAACACAAUAUAGAAAUUAUUAGAUAGAAAUCAAAAGAUAGCUCGAUAAAUAGAAAUCGCUGUCCGGUUGCACUUAUAUAAGACCAAACCCAUUCCCACUCUUUGGAAACAGCACAGAAUGCAUUGUAAUACAGUGGGACGUUACCGUUUGAAGUUAUUUGAGCUAUUUGUUGACUGGUUAACAUGAUGUACUGCCUAGGUGAUGAAAGAUGAAAGAAAAUAGUUGUUUCAGUAAUGGUUUGAGAGUUGAAACUUUGAUGAAAAAUUUAGACAAACAUUACUUUCCAUUGGAAGAACAUGCACUGAUGAAUAAUUGGUAAUAAGUCCAGGAAAGUGUUUUAAAGGAAUAGUUCACCCAAAAAUAAAACAAAUUGCUGCAAAUGUACUCACCCUCAGGCAAUUCAAGAUGUAGAUGAGUCUUCAUCUGAUCAGAUUUGGAGAAAUGUAGCAU